AUGGAUGCUUCCCACGAUUCGGAUGAUGACUUUACGACGGAGUUUGAAGAAAGGGGAGCAUCAACAGGUGGCAAACGCAAACAGAAACAGGAAGACUCUUCAGUAAUAAAUGUAAAGGAGAAUCUCCGUCUCUCUCAGAAACAUGUUGGUGAUGCAGAGAGUGGCGGAAAAUCCAUGGUCGAGAUGGACUUGCUUGAUGCACUCACGCCUCUAGGACCGCCUUCGACUGGGUAUCAGUAUUACCCAGACCCACCU